GCGACAGAUCGACUUCUAAGAAUAUAGCAGUAUAUUGCGUGGAGGCGCAGCUUCCUGCAUUUCGAUGUUGGUUUACUACACGCGAAAAUUUGUUCACACUUCAGUGAGAACGUUUGAUAUGGUUAAAUAAAUUUAGAGAGUAUUAUACGAGUAAGAAAAUGUCCGUAAAGGAUACUAGUAAGAGUAUUUCCUCAGUUUCGAAACCACAAAUAUACAAGCUUAUACAUUCGGAAAAGUUCGGAAGAUAUCUAAUAGCUGGAAAAAAUAUAAAAGCCGGCGAGGUAAUACUUCGAGAAAAGCCUAUUGCAGUUGGACCUGGUGUUUUUGAAGAUGAUUACUUUUGUUUUGCUUGUUUAAAACUCUUGAUUAGAGUUAAGAAAGAAUUACCGUACGUUUGUAAGAAAUGUUGCGUUGCUCCUUUAUGUGGUCCAGAUUGUGAGAAAAAAGAUGGUCAUCAUACACCCAAAGAAUGUCAAGUUUUCAAAGACAAUCAAAAUAUAUCGAAAGAUAAAAUAUACGAUAUUAUAGGAAUAUUGCUACCUUUGAGAUUAUUUCUUUUAAAAGACGGAGAUCAGGAUCUAUGGGAAAAAGUGGAUCGUAUGGAGUCGCAUAUGGAUCAAAGAAGAGACACUCCCAUUUGGAAGGACAGAGAAGUUAACGUUAUCAAAAUUUUUCGUGAUCUACAACUGGUGACCAAUGAUGAUAUCUCUACGUCGGAUUUCUUACAACGGCUCUGCGGGAUUCUCGAUGUGAACAGUUUUGAAUUGCGAUCACCUGGUAGAUUGGAUGCUCUUGUUCUACGUGGAUUAUACUUGGAAGCUUCUCUUAUUGCUCACGAUUGUAGAGCAAAUACUCAUAUUACCGUCGAUGAUCAUUUUCAACUCACCGUAUAUGCCAGUUUACCUAUCAAUGAGAACGACAUAAUUUACUUCAAUUAUACCUCCUCGCUUUUGGGUUCAGCUGAAAGAAGAGAACAUCUUCGGGAAGGGAAAUAUUUCGAGUGUGAAUGUUCGGUUUGUAAAGAUCCAUAUGAAUUAGGUUCACAUUUAAGUAGUAUACGUUGUCCACGUUGCAGAGACGGAUAUGUGGGAGCUCAAAAUCCUUUAGAAGCGAAACCAUACAAACGUGACAGUAAAUGGCAAUGUAAUAAAUGUAGAAAAACUUACGGUGGUUAUCUCAUAAGAGCAACAUUGAAUAUAACUCGAGGGCUGAUCGACGAUUACGAUGGAACGAAUGUAAAAGACCUGGAAUUUUUGAUUAAAAAACUCACGCUAUCUUUUCAUCCUAAUCAUUAUCUUUUAUUGGCAUUGAAACAAAAAUUAUUAGCAGCCUAUAGAAAACAAGUGGCAGCACCGAAUCCUCAAAGGAAGAUCAUUCAAAAAAUGCUCGAUUUGUGUAAGGAAGUUCUUCAAGUAUUGGAAUUAGUAGAACCUGGUAUAUCACGACUAAAAGGUAUAAUGUUAUACGAAAUGCACUUGCCUUUGGUGUUGCUGGCUAAUCGCGCUUACGCAGCGCGCGAAAUUUCCCCCAUGGAAAUGUCUUCUAAGCUUCGAGAAGCUGGAACACAUCUAAGAAAAGCUUUGUCAAUGCUCCUUUUGGAACCUGUCGAUUCACCUGAGGGACAUUUAGCCAAACGUGCUCUUCAAGAAUUAAAAAUGCUCAAUCAAAAUAUAGCCGAUGCUGAAGCACUUCAGCAAUCACAAGAAGAAUCCAAAUCACGUUUAUGUAAAGAAAAGAAGAAAAAAUAAUCUAUAUAAAAUGUGUUGGAAAUAUCUUUCG